AUGAAGCUCAAUCCCAUGGUCCUGGUGCUGGCCACGGUAGCCCUGGCCUCCACCAUCACAACUCCCCCUCCACGAGCCACCCUGGCUCCUCGGCAGGACAACACAGAUUCCAAGGAUGACAACAACGAAAGUAUCGUGACCCGGUUCACCGCCAACAAGAGCAAAAACACCUUCACCGAGGAGCCACCGACCCUGACGCUCCCCGGCAUGCCCACCUCGGAGCCUGUCAUCCCCUACACCGAAGAUAACCCCUACGUCAACACAUCCAAGUACCCCGAGGGCACCGUGUUCAUCUGUGUGGGUUCCAUUCUGGGAGGUCUCACACUGCUGGUCACGGCAUGGCGAUUCGGUGUCGCAUGGCACAUGAAGAAGCAAAUCAAAAAGGCCAACGCUGCCGAGCCUCUCAUGGCUGCUUACCACAACAAGAACCCUCGGCCCAAACGUAAGUUCGACCACAAGUCCUUGUUCCCCACGGAAAACCCGUUUGGAAAUCACGCAGAGCUGUCCAUGGACAACCUGUCGCCUCAGGGCAAGAGCAUGUCCAAAGCGCAGGCGGCCUCCAUGGCCGCCCACAAGUCGUCGCUUUUCUUCUCUCCUACUGCCGAGGUGAUGAACGCCCAGAAAAAUGGUGGAGGAAUGGGCGAAAUGCAGCAGCAGCCAGCCUACCACCCGGGAUCGUCCGCAAACUCAUUCAUGGGCUUCAACAACUCCGGAAACAGAUCUACUGCAUACCUGCCUUCGGGUUACUAUGGCCCUCAGUCUGGCCAGUUGAACUCCAUGACCUCGCAGUCUCGAGCCAGUAUGAGAGGCUCCAUGAUGGCUCCUUCCAUGGUUGGAGGACGGGCCAACUCGCUGCGACCUAUGAGUCACAUGGACGGACAGAGUGGAAAUAUUGGAGGAGUCCGAGCUCCUUCUGCUUUCUUGGAUGACAUGCUCAAGGACGACAUGAUGAGUGAGGACGAGAGAGAAAAAUAG